CUCUCCCAGUGCAUGUAAACCAGGAGGGCUUGUCCCUGCACACCUCCUAGACGGAGGACUACAAGGUUCAGCCAGGUCUGCAAGACUUUCUGCCCACAACAAAGAUGGCUGACGCUGAACCCAUGGCCAGCUUACGCAAGGACGUCAAUAAUAAGCUCCGCCCCAUGUACGCUUCGCCGUUGGAGAGGGGCGUGGUUUAAAGAGGAACACGCAUGUUAUUGGAGCCGGAAAGCGGACAGGGCAGCAGAAAGAAGACCCUUCCCCCUCCCCCGAGAUCCGGCCUGGCACCUCCGCAUACGACAAUGGCUUCGGUAUUGGACGUAAAGUCCAAAGAAGAGAAGGAUGCUGAGCUGGACCGGAAGAUCGAAGCUCUGCGCAAGAAGAACGAGGCUCUGGUCAGGAGACACCAGAUGAUAGAGGAGGACCGCAAGAUGGCUGAACAAGAGGGAAUCGCUGUGACCACCCCAAGAAAAGCCAAACACCCUGAUGGCGAACCGGACAAGGCCCGGAAGGAGAAGGAGAAUUUCUCUAUCACGCUUGAUGUUUCUGCCGGGGAGAAGAGAGUCGUUAAUGAUGGGAAAUCGCCCAAAGCUUUACGUACUUCUCCCCGCUCUGAAACCUCCCCGAGAAGUCCCACUCACAGGACCAGUGGCCGCACAGGACUUUACUCAGGUGGGCGAACCCCCCCAGCAGAUAAGCAUGUGGAGCCAUUUAAAGGAGAAGGGGAUGACUGUCAUCCAUCUGAAAGGGCGGCAAGAGGGAGGAGGAAUCCAGUCGCUGACAUGCCAAAGAGAAGUCCGAGGAUUCCCAAUGAGGAUCCUCCUGGAGAGCGAUGGUCUGCGUCCCCCAGAGGAGCGGAGCGAAGUGGAAGAGGUCCAGGCAGGGGCGGUGGCAUGGGUGGCAGAGGAGGCGGUGGUAUUGGAGGACCGGUGGAUGGUGUUCCAGGACCUGACAGAAAAGUGAAGGAAUGGGAGGAAAAGAGGAAACUGAAUAUAGAAAAGAUGAAUGAGGAGAUGGAGAAGAUUGCAGAAUAUGAAAGGAGCCAGAGGGAUGGAGUAAGGGAGAAAAAUCCAAUCCGCAACUUCCUUGAUGAUCCUAGGAGGACGGGCCCCAUCGUAGAUGUUGACAGGAAGGAGGGAAGCCGCAGGCACAUUAGAAAUUGGGGUGGCCCUGACUUUGAAAAGGUUAAAACUGGCAUGGACCGGGAAAAGGAGAGUCAUGGGCGGAGGUCCGGAGGAAAGAAUCAGAUGGAUAUGACUAUGUCGAUGACCGGCAAAGAACGCGCAGAAUACGUACGAUGGAAACAAGAGCGAGACCAGAUCGAUCAGGAAAGACUGGCACGGCACAGAAAGCCCACCGGACAGUGGAGGCGAGAGUGGGAUGCGGAAAAAACUGAUACCAUGUUUAAGGAGGGUGGUACGCCCCAUGUAGAGGAAGAACCGAUCAGCAGGAGAGACCAAGGAAAAAGAGGGGCUCCCAAACCCCCAACUAUGGCCGAAUUCCUUCCAGAGAGUAUAAAAAGACCAUCACAGAGGAGGAAUCAAAAUAGAGGACGGUCUGGGAAUAAACCUUACAGCAUGCACGAUAGCCGGUGGGAAGAGGAUGAUGAUUAUGAUGAUGAAGAUGUUGGAAAUGAAAUGGAUAAGCACCUACCCUCAGAGGAGAAAGAGAAGGAGACUUGUGUAGAGAAAGCAGAAACAAAGAAGACAGAAGAACCAAAGAAGCCAACAUCUGAAGUGUCAGCAGCUGCAAAAGAUGAAGAGAAAAAUCUAACUGAAGAUGAUGAUGAUGAUGUAGUAGAUGAUGAAGAAUGGACGGACGCUAGUGGUGAUGAAGAGGAGGAGGAGGAGGAGGAUGAGGAGGAAGAUUCUCUAGAAGCUGAAGAUGCUCCUCCAGCUACCCCUAAAGAACAAAGGCUACCAAAGCAAGUGGAGACCCCUAAACUGACUAUGCCUCCCCCCAACAUGAGUAGUGAGGAGCGAGCAGUGGAGUCCAAACCCACCAGCCCCUUCUCCCCCGAAGGACACCGUCCAGUAACAGACUGGGGGGAGGAGAUGGAGCUGUUAUCUCCUCCAGGAAGCGGCAAUGAAGACAGUCCUCCUCAGGCCGACAGCACGAGGGGCUUCAAUAAAGAAGAAUCCUCACCUCCAGACAAAACCUCACCCGCAAAAGGAGAGACCACUCUUAUUGACGAAGAGACUUCUUUAUCCCGAGGGUCAUCCACAGCUAAAGCAGUGACCUCCCCAACUGAAGCUGUGUCCUCCCCAACUGUGGCUGUGUCCUCCCCAGCUGAAGCUGUGUUCUCCCCAACUGAAGCUGUGUUCUCCCCAACUGAAGCUGUGUCCUCCCCAACUGAAGCUGUGUCCUCCCCAACUGAAGCUGUGUUCUCCCCAACUGAGGCUGUGUCCUCCCCAACUGAAGCUGUGUCCUCCCCAACUGAAGCAGUGUCCUCCCCAACUGUGGCUGUGUCCUCCCCGACUGAAGCUGUGUCCUCCCCGACUGAAGCUGUGUCCUCCCCAACUGUGGCUGUGUCCUCCCCAACUGAGGCUGUGUCCUCCCCGACUGAAGCUGUGUCCUCCCCGACUGAAGCUGUGUCCUCCCCAACUGUGGCUGUGUCCUCCCCAACUGAGGCUGUGUCCUCCCCAACUGAAGCUGUGUCCUCCCCAACUGUGGCUGUGUUCUCCCCAACUGUGGCUGUGUCCUCCUCAACUGAAGCUGUGUCCUCCCCAACUGAAGCUGUGUCCUCCCCAACUAAAGCUGUGUCCUCCCCAGCCGAAUCAGUGACCGCCCCUGUGGAUGAAGUGUCUUCCCCAGCUCAAUCAGUGUCCUACCCCGCUAAAGAAGGGUCCUCCCCAGGUCAAACAGUGACCUCCCCUGCGGAAGAAGUGUCCUCCCCAGCUAAAGCAGUGUCCACCCCUGUGCCCCCCCCAGCUGUAGAAGGGACUUCCUUAGCUGAAUCAUUGACCCCUCUACCUACAGAAAGGACCUCACCAGCUGUAAAAGAAACCCAGCCAUUGAAAGAGACCUCCCCGGCUGUAGAUGAGACAUCAUCAGCUUCCGAAAACGCCCAAGAAAUCUCACACGAGGCUCAAGCAAUCUCUCAGGAGACAUCGCCAGCUGUGGAAGUGCUGGAUGCUGCUGCUGCAAAAUCCGUGCACAUUGCUGACUUUGAAACGCAAAAUAUGGAGGUUCCACCAUUAUCCUGACCAAACUACGUGUCAACAUCUCCAGUGGAUGUUUCUCCGGCACCUAUCCUGUGAAGACGAGCUUGGGCUAUUGCAUUGACCUACCGAAAAUUUUAGUCUUGGGUUGACACUUAUAUUCUAGUCCACUACAGUAUUUAUUGCUUCACAUCACGCCCGGUGUUCACAUGGCUGGUGGUAAUACUUGCCGAAGGGGUCUUUGGGUAAUUUUACAUAAAUGAGGAAGAUCGAUGGUUGGGAAGGUUCGGGGUCUUCCUCCAAUGAUCACUUCAGUGUCUUCAUCCCAUGAUCCUGCGUAUAAGCAAUCUGGGCUAUGUCCGUGCACUACAAGUGACAUACACAUUAGUAGACAAUAUAUAUUAUUAUUUUUGGGAAUGCAUUUUGGGAGAUUUCAUCUUUUCUUUUUGGGCAAAAUGUGUUUGCUGCAAAGGGGCAAUGUUCCGGAUUAGUAUUAAAGGGGUACUCCGCCCCUAGACAUCUUAUGUCCUAUCCAAUGGAUAGGGAAUAGGAUACCUGAUAACGGGGGGGGAGUGUUGAUGACCGGCCACUGGGACCCCCUGCGAUCUCUGGGCCGACACCCCGGUAAUCCGCAUGCACAAAGCAAUUUCCAAUGCGUGCCGGUUGACGAGCGACCACGGUCGCCCGAAGCCUUGGAUAGGGGAUAAGAUUUCUCAGGGCGGAGUACCCCUUUAAGUAUUCUUUUGUUCUGUAAUACAUCAGCAGGCCAUAGCUCUCCAUUCAGAUUACUGACUAGAUGUUGAAUCCACCUGCUCAUGUGAGAAUUUUGUUUGGAAAAACAGGAACCACUUUUUUUCUACUUCCAUGAAACACGCUUGAUGUAAAAUUUCACUUUGUAAAACCAUGAAAGCUUUCUGUUGAUCACUUGCCCGAGCCCACUUGACUACUUAGCCUAGAAUAAGCAGAGAUUUAAAAAAAAAAAAAAAAUGCUCAGGAUAUCUGCUUAACAAAAAAAAUUUAAAAUAAAAAUACUUACUUCCUGUGCUCCCCUGCUGCCUCCUGCCUCCCCUUCCUGGUUCUGGGAGUUCUGCUCAGCCAAUCACUGGAUUAGGUGGAACUUCACUGCGACCAGUAAUUGGCUUAAGUGCCGACCCAGCACUUGAAGAACUUCAAGGGGUACUCCAGCGGAAAGGUUUUUUUUCCAAUAAAGAUGCCCUAGCUGCAUAUUUAAAUAAAUAAAAACUAUACUUACCUCCCCUGCUUCCCCGCUGCCUCCUGUAUCACUGUUCCUGGUCUCAAUCACUCUUCACUUCCUGGUGCUGGGUGUCAAUUAGAGAUGAGCGAACUUACAGUAAAUUCGA